AUGAGACAGGACAUGUCAGCGACAAAUGGCCCGCAAAAGGGUGCCAUUGUAUUCAACGGUUUCACUGUAUCCUAUGACACUUCCACGGACCCAGUACUCAAGAACAUCAACCUUUCCAUAACACCUGGUGAAAAUGUAGCCAUCUGCGGUCGCACAGGUAGCGGCAAAUCUUCCCUGGUAUCAACUCUCCUGCGCAUGCUGGAGCUUCAAUUAGGAUCGAUUUGCGUUGACGACAUCGACAUCAGCACCAUCACUCGCCAGGCCGUUCGUGCUCGCUUCAACUCCCUUCCCCAAGAUCCGUUCUUCCUACAAGGCACCGUCCGCGAGAACCUUGAUCCUCUCAGGGUCUCUACUGACGAGCGCUUAGUUCAGGCACUUCAGUCUGUGCGCCUAUGGGACUUUUGCGAGUCUCGCGGCGGGCUGGAUGAGGAUAUGAACGAAGGGACCUUGUCGCAUGGACAGAGGCAGCUGUUCUGCCUUGUUCGAGCAGUAAUCAAUCCAAGCAGCGUCCUCAUUAUAGAUGAGGUUGGUGGCAGUGUUGAGGCGGAUACGGAAACUUUGAUACACGAGGUUCUGCAGAAAGAAUUUGAGGCGUGCACUGUCAUUGUUGUUGUUCACAAGCUACACACAACGCUGGACCUUGAUCGCUUCGUGGUGCCAAACAAAGGGCGUAUCGUUGAGGCCCACCGCGUGAGCUGCUUGAACGGCCAGGAUCACUGUUCAAGGCGCUAUAUGACAGCAUGCAGACAGACGAGAGGCAUGGGAUACAGAAAUUGCAGCAGUCGGAUUGAAGCCCCACCGCCCCGGUUAGGCGAUACGAAGGGCCCAACGUUGAGAGCUAUCUGGCACUGGCAUGCACACUAA